AUGGAUGAUGCUGAACUUCAAGAAAACCCAACUAACCUUCAGCAUCAUGAAAUCACCUUGAAGCUGCCAUCGGGGGAUCCUCCUUUCACAAUCUCCAUACUACGACUGGUGGUUAACCCUAGCAUCCAUACGUUGCUUCAAGAUGACUUUCUACAUCGGAGAGUGUUCUUCAGUAAACGUUUGAGUACUAUAGCUCCCGAAUCAUCCAAUGCAUAUUUUGUACAAGUAAUAGAUCAACUCAAAACCUACCGAACCGGAAUCCUAUUCAAAUGUUUACCUUUCCCUCAUACAUUCGAGCUAUUCGUCUUUGCCCGAGCUGACUCCACGAAGUUAGUCAAUUCCACUUCAGUUGAAGAAUUUGCAUCUCUAUCCGAAACCAGCUGUAUUGAAGGCUGGACGACCCAACCAAACAGUCCACAAGAUUCCAGCAAAGCUCUAGAUAGCUUCUCCAUGAAACCUCCAGCAGCUUACAUAUCACCCACCAGUAAUCGCAAUGCCGUCGUUAUGGAGAUAUCACCACAAAGCGAGACAAAUCCCAUCCAAUUCUUGCAGUCCAGGUACUAUAGCAUUCUAUAUUCAUUAUCCACUCCGUUAACAUACUUCCCCAAAACGACGCUUACGCGACUACAGAACAUGUGUUGCGAGGACAAGAAGUCGUUGGAGGAGAGUUUGCUUUCAGUUUACCUCAAUCCUGAAGAACUCAAUGAAAGGCAUAGAUUGAGGUAUGGCGUGGAUACUUUAAUUGGAAAACCUGGAGCUGAGCCAUUGAAGAUAAACCAGUAUGAAUCUGAAAACCAAGAAUUCCUUCUUCAGAAAUAUUAUUCUGCAAUUGUUGCGGAUGAAACGAGAGAUAAGGUAGUUUUUGAUCUUAAACGAAGAGAGGCACAGCUUCAGAUUUUGGUGAUUAUGCAACUUCUUUUAGCAUGGAAGGUCGACGAAGACAGCUUCCUUAAGACAAACAGCAAACAACAAGAAAAGUUGAAUAAAAAACUGAACAAAAGGUCGCUUGUCCGGAAGAAAUCGAAAACGAAGAAGAUCAUACCCACUUUCUUGGGUGUAGGUAUACAAGAGACCAAAUCACUUGAUACCGAUAAACGCCUUCCUGUUACUCAAUUCACUCUCUACACUUCACUUGUCGCUUUGGUUGAUCAAAUGAGUAUUUGGGAUGUGAUCACAGGGAAGCUCAAGAAUAAGAAGGAUGAGAGCAUGUAUGGAUUUCUCGCCUACGUUUUCGUGCCAUUUUUCAACAGCAGCUAUCCAGGCAUUGUGAAGUUCGUCAUCGAAAAGGUCAAGGAACUGCGUCCUAAUUUCAAGGUCCCAAGAUUGAAAUCAACCAGAAAGAAAUCAGAAGCUGAUACUGAAGCUAGCAGUCCUAUGUUGCAUCUGACGAGCUCUAUGGUGGAAGAGUCUACACUGCCAAACAAUGCAAAACCCUCGAGAUUCAACAAGACACUCCUUUCCAAGGAGCAAAAGCCAUUUCUUCGAAGAGCAAAGACCUCAAUCAGUGAAGGUGGAGAUGAACCAGCAUUCCUGCUCAAGAGGUCGAAGUCGAACUUGGGCUCGAAAAACUUGAAACGUAGACAAGUCGACAUGUCUCUCACCAAGUCAGAGGAGCAAAUUGAAGCCAAGCCAACUUCCUUCAUUUUUGGUGAUGCAAGAAAGAUGAAGUUGCUGAAGGACAGCUCAAAGUCGUUCAAUGAGCCUAAAGAUAUUGCACUCAUUCAAGCAACACCCACUGCAAACAGGGUAGCCGACGUCAUCCUAGAAACUCCACAUGAUCCAGCAUCGAAACUGCACGACUUCAUAAUUCCUGACUCAACAAAGAAGGGCUCCGUUGUUCAACAGAAGUUGUCGCUUUUGGCAGCUCCUUUUAAUGCAGAUAUCAAGAUAUUGAGUUCGCCUGUCAACAACUCUUCCGAGAAGUCACCUAACAUUUUUCUGCAUAAUCCUAAUCCUAAUGGACAAGGUCCAUCCUCAAUCAUAGCAUCUUCCCCAAUUCAACCAGAAGCUAAUAAACUGGUUGUGACUGAGAAUUCAGAACAGAUUUCAGCUUUCAAAAAUCCAUUCACCCAGUCUAGCCUUCAAGGGUCUCCUUGCCGUCCAACAAAGACGCGUAAGAAAGCUCCUAAGAGGGCUGUAUUGCCCCGAAAAGCAGCGUCAUCUUCGGAAGUCUCUAUGCCAAUCACAAAACCAGCAGACAUAAAUGUUGAGAGAUCAAGCCGUCUUUUGAAGACCUCAUCUGCUGAAUUCUCUCGCACUGGCGACGCUACGGAUGUAGACUCUGCUGAUGAUGCUGCCAAUGAUGGCAACAAUACGGAUUCUGAUUCUGAUUCUGAUUUUGAAAAACUACUUGCAUCGACUUCAAACCGUACCUUGAAAACCUACGUUAGGCCAAAAAGAAGGUAA